GGACAGAGCCAGGCAGGAACUGUAUUGUGAGGAAUACAGUGCCGUCAAGACGGAAUGUAACCAUUUUAGUUACAAAACAAAUGGGAAAAAGUGCCGAGUAGCUAAGGAAAAAACAAAGAGGUUUGACCUUGUUUUCGCCAGGCGAGGAAGAGAAACGCACAAGCCCAGCUGGCACUGAAGGGCCCUCGCAGGGCUCGGCUGUCCUUCCACUGCCCGCGGUCGUCACGGCGAUGACCGGCAAGAGCGAAGAAUGUGGGCGACCGCCUGCCGCUGACGAGUGAGGUCGCCUCGCUUCUGGAGCCCAACCCCAGACUUGAUCCCGAUACCACCUGCUUUUAACUGAGCAACCAAGAAGAUGCUGAGCCUGGGGUUCACUUUGAUUUGCCUGGAGGUGAUGGGGGUGACCCCCAGCUGGGGCCACAGUUCGUUCACCUGUGAACCCAUAAAAGUCCAUCGCUGUCUUGGUAUGCCCUACAACGCAACCCUCUUCCCCAAUCUUAUGGAUCACUAUGACCAAGACAUUGCAGCACGAAAAAUGGAACCUUUUGCUCCGCUGAUCAAAAUGAACUGCUCUGCUGAAGUGCACUUGUUUCUGUGUCAGGCCUUUGUGCCAGUCUGCAUAGAACCUACAAAAGUCCUGAUGCCCUGCCGUGCCCUCUGUGAGAGGGUGCGUACUGACUGUAGGAGUCUCAUUGACAUGUUUGGGAUUGUCUGGCCCCCUGAGUUGAGGUGUGAAAGGUUUGAUGAAUGCCACAGUUCCCUGGAUGGCUCAGCUGCUCCUCCCAUGAAGCAGAUGACAACACAGAAGCCCUCCCCCUCUGUGCAGAGAGACUUUGGCUUCUGGUGCCCUCGGCAGUUCAAGACCCCACCCGGCCAGGGCUCGGAGUUCCUGGGUGUGGCAGACUGCGCUCCCCCCUGCACCAACAUGUACUUCAAGCCCCACGAAAUCGAAUUUGCCAAGAACUUCAUCGGGGUCUCUUCCAUCGUCUGCCUGUGCGCCACGCUCUUCACCUUCCUCACCUUCCUGAUCGACGUCAAGAGGUUUCGCUACCCCGAGCGGCCCAUCAUCUUCUACGCCGUCUGUUACAGCGUCGUGUCCCUCAUCUACUUCAUCGGCUUCCUGCUGGGCAACGGCACGGCCUGCAACCGAGCCGACGGGGAGCUGGGGAGCGUCGAGACGGUGGUCCAGGGCUCCCAGAGCAAGGCCUGCACGGUCCUCUUCAUGCUCCUUUACUUCUUCUCCAUGGCCGGGACGGUGUGGUGGGUCAUUUUGACCAUCACGUGGUUCCUGGCGGCGGGUCCCAAGUGGAGCUGCGAGGCCAUCGAGAAGAAAGCCGUGUGGUUCCAUUCCGUGGCCUGGGGAAUCCCGGGGGCACUGACAGUCAUGCUGCUGGCCUUGAACAAAGUGGAGGGGGAUAGCAUCAGCGGGGUGUGCUUCGUGGGGCUCUACGACCUGGACGCCCUGCGCUACUUCGUCCUGGCCCCGCUGUGCCUCGGCGUGGUGGCGGGGCUCUCUCUGCUCCUGGCGGGCAUCAUCUCCCUCAACCACGUGCGCCAGGUCAUCCAGCAUGACGAGCGCAACCAGGAGAAGCUGAAGAAGUUCAUGAUUCGCAUCGGCGUUUUCAGCGGCCUCUACCUGCUGCCCCUCGUCACGCUGCUGGGCUGUUACAUUUACGAGCAAGGCUAUCGCAAGACCUGGGAGAAGACCUGGAUCAGCGAUCACUGUCAAGAGUACCACAUUCCCUGCUCUUACCAGAAAGUCUUAGACAGGCCCAAUCUGUCCCUUUUUUUAAUAAAAUAUCUGAUGACGCUGGUUGUCGGAAUCUCAGCUGUAUUCUGGGUCAGCAGCAAGAAGACUUGCUCCGAAUGGGCCUAUUUCUUCAACAAGACCCGCAAGAGAGAGUAAGGCCAUUGAUUUCCAGUUUCCAG